CUAACUCUGUCUCGUUGCUAGGACACAGCAAACCGCGCCACCGGUGCUCCUCGGUGUUCAUGGAGAUCGUCCACGUGUACACGAAGCUCCGCAGUAGGUUCGGCCGUCAGAGUCUCUUCUCUGACCGGCCUGCCGAGCUGCUGGUGGACGUUCAUACGGACCAGAGUCUGGGUCAGCAGUUCAUCCAGAAAACCCAACGAGACCAGGACCUGCAGGCCUGUCGGGACAUGUCGGAGCACCAGGUGACCACAAAGCGGUUUCAGUCCGACAGCUGUGGACUAAACCAUGAGGAGGGGGGGUGGCCCAAAGACGUGAACCCUCAGGAGAUGGA